AUGGACUGGUUCCACUGUAACCAGUGCUUCAGGAAACAGGGCUCCAAGUUUGCCGUGUCCAGCUGUGGCCACAUCUGCUGUGAGACGUGCAUCAAACCAAACCAGUGCAGCAUAUGUGGGGCCAGCUGCAGCUACCUGGCCAUCUCCGAUGAGGUGGGUGAGUCCCACGUGCUGACAACCGGUUCAUGUGCGCAUUCCACCUACGAACAGUUGUAUCUGCAUCCGUGUCUGUUUCAGAUGAAGCCCCAGGAAAAGGUGUUUUUUAAGGACCCCGUGAAAGUCAUAGAGUCCAGGCUGGCACACAUAUCCCAGGUCGGUCCCCAGAGCAGCACCAACCCCAAACUGCCUCUUUUGUAA